AUGGCGGCCUCCAGAGAUACCGAGCUGCAGACGGAAAACCUGGAAAUAACGCCUCAAAAAGACAGAAAAAGCUCUGUAGUCGUUGGGGGCAUGUACCUGACAACUGUGACUGGCUUCUCCCUGCUCUUUGGGUUUGGUAUGACAGUCAUGAUGGCAAAGAAAAGAGACCCCACCAUGUUUACUAAGAGCUUGUUGGGUAGUCGUGAGAUUCCAGAGAGUGGGGGUGCCCUGGCCCUCAGAGCCCUGGGGUGGGGUACACUGUACUCUGUGACAGGGGUGGGGCUCCUAUCCCUUCUUGUCUGGAAGCUGCUUGGGGUCAAAAGUGCUGAAGAGCUGAGAGAAAAAAUGCAGACCAAAUUUCCACAGAUUCCAAAGAACAAUCCCCCAGGUCGGAGUGAAUUCAAAACAGUGCGAGAACUCGUGGACUAUUUGAUAGAUGAAGACAGCAGAGGGAAGAAAGAUGAAAAGACUUGAAUGUCCAAGACUCUAAAAGCACAGGAUUAAGUGAAAUAUGUGAAGUUUUGUGCCAAAGUCAAAAGUUGUGCAAGAACAUCAAGAACGUCGGAUGGAAUAACCAUUCAGGUCUAUGGAAUCACCAUUCAGGUCUAUGGAAUCACCAUU